AUGGCCGCCGAAACUGCAGUUAUGCCACGAGCGUCGCUCGACCCGGCAUUUACCAAGCUCGAGCCCUUCAUCUCGACCCUAUCUGCAGAAGCAGUCUCACAUUUCGAUCCCUCAAUCCAUCUCUGCUUCCAACCGCCGAAAUCCAUCAUCACCCUAAAAGAACUACUCCUCUCGGAAGAGAAUGCCAUCUCGCCUGUGGCCAUCACCGAGCCUUUCCCGCUGUUCACCCUGGAAGGCGUCAAGCAGAUGCGAGCUGACCUGUUCCGCAAAGAGGUGGUCGAACGGCACGGAAAUAGGACCAAGCCGCAUUGCUACAAGAUGAGAGGAUAUUCCAAGGAUACACCGUUUGUGGACUCGGUCUGGCGGAGCCCCGAAGUCCUCCAAGCAUGCUCCACCGCCGCCGGGGUUGAUCUCGAGGUGGUGUUCGACUAUGAGAUCGGUCACGUCAACGUGCAGGUCGACGCCCUCGAAGACGGAAUGUCCUUGGCCGAUGCCUUACCUCCGACUCUCCCACCCAGGCAGUCGACGUCGGCUGCGGUUGUGGCCGAGACUCUGACGGUUGACCAGUCCGAGGAACUCACGUCGGUUGGCCUGUGGCACACCGACUCGUAUCCUUGGGUCUGCGUCUGCAUGCUCUCCGAUCCAAGCAACAUGGUCGGUGGCGAGACCGGCCUCCGAAAGGGUGAUGGAUCGAUUGUCAAGGUUCGAGGUCCUGAAGUUGGCUGGGCGGUCAUGAUGCAGGGAGGUUGUGUUGAACACAUUGCUCUCAAAGCCAUGGGCACGGGUGAGCGGGUGACCAUGGUGACAUCGUUCCGUGCCCAAGACCCCCAUCUCAAGGACGUCAGCAAUCUGGGAAAUGUGAAGCGGAGCAGCAGCUGGGGCCCUCUCUUCCAGCAAUGGUCCGUUUACCGCCUUGAGGUCCUCGAGAAGCGAGCCCGGUUUCUCAAGGAGCAUAUUCGACAAGGAAACUUGCCCGGCACCGAGAUUGCGAAGCUAAUGGCUCAAUGGAAUGAGGAGCAGUUCGCGUACAUGAGCCACACUGCAAGGGAGAUGACUGGAGAUGGGAACCCGGGGUCUCAAUAUUGA